GGAGGAAGUUUGCAGUGGGGGCUGAAAAGUGGAGGAUACAGUCUGAUGCGUAACUUUUAGUGAAUGAAAGGGGAGAAGGGGGUUUGCGCCUGCUUCGUCCAAGACAGGCGCUCAGCCACCGGACACUCUGGGGACCAUGACCUUGGACUGUAUGGAGCUGGAGACGGACUCCACUCCUCGGCUGCGGGAGGAUGGAGGCUUCUCUGUGCGUGUGCAGCGAGGUGCCGGCUGGGGAGGGUCCUCGGCGAAGCCCCCCUACUCGUACAUCGCUCUCAUCACCAUGGCCAUCCUGCAGAGCCCAGAGAAGAGGCUGACCCUCAGUGACAUAUGUGAUUUUAUCAGCCAGCGCUUCGCGUAUUAUCGGGAGAAGUUCCCCGCGUGGCAGAACUCCAUACGGCACAACUUGUCUCUGAACGACUGCUUCGUGAAGAUGCCCCGGGAGCCUGGGAAUCCCGGGAAGGGAAACUACUGGACCCUGGAUCCCAUGUCCGCAGAUAUGUUUGAGAAUGGGAGUUUUCUUCGGCGGAGGAAACGCUUCAAGAGGAGACACUUCCUUUUGGGAACGGUGAAGGAGUCCGAGGCGCAAGAGCGCAUCAGCCGCAUGUCCGUGUUUCCUCUGCUCGGAGCGCGCAGGAUGGUUUCUUGUCUCCAGGGUCUUGACCUGGACACAGGAGGGGGUUUAAGACCCCCCACUAGUCCCAGCCUCCCACCUGUGAGCCGGAUUAUACCUGAGCUCUCCUCGCUUCUCUCCAAGACUUUCCCCUCGUCUUUAACCUUUGAACAUCUCCACCCGGGACGCUGCGCCCUCGUCGCACCUCUGCCUCCAAACUUCAUGCCUCCUGUACCCAACUACCCUGUUACUCAGUUAUCCACUGUUCCUGUUGGCAUCUUUAAACAUUUCCUCUAACUUAAUUUGAUUUGAUGAUCUAAUGAUGAGGAUAGGAGUUUGAAUGUCUGAACUCACAGAGAAAUUAACAGAAUCUCCUUCCCCGCUAGAUAAACUCUUGGUACUUUAUAUAAAUAUAACUCUGGCUAUGGCCUAAACUUACAACUAGGCCAAUGUAUUUGUGUGUUUGCUUGACGCAAAUGAUGUUGAAUAAAUUAUAUUUUACGGCUCUUAUAAGGUUUGGAAUAAAAAUGCCAUGGUAUUUACA